GGGGGUUCUCGUGCUGGGGGCUUUCUCUUUGGAAGGUGGCCUGAAAAUUGAAUUGGAGUGCCCUUGUUUCUCCUGUUGUCCAGGGGAACAUAGAUGGCUGGACACAGAAUCUAGAGACUUCAAAUAAUGUGGAGAUGUUUCGACCUUCAGGUUCCACUGGGCUCAUUCCCCCAUCCCACUUUCAAGCGCGGCCCCUUCCUACCAAACCAAGAAUGGCUCCCACCUGGGUCUCAGACAUUCCCCUGGCCCAUCAAGAUGUCUCAGAGAGGCGGCCAGACAACCAGAAACCUCAAGUGAUCAUGUGGGAACGGGAUGUUUCUGGCGAUGGGCAGGAACCAGGGCAGAGAGGCAGGUCCGUGGAGCGGCAGGGGUCACAGGCCCUGAGCCAGCAGGCUGAGCUGAUCUCUUGGCAGCUGCAAGAGCUGCGGCGGCUGGAAGAGGAGGCCCGGGUCCUGCGGGAGACCUCGCUGCAGCAGCAGAUGAGGCUGGAGGCCCAGGCCCUGGAGCUGGAGGCUCUGGCACGGGCGGAGAGGGCCGGCCGAGCUGAGGCGGAGGGCCUGCGUGCCGCCUUGGCUGGGGCCGAUGUUGUCCGGAAGAACCUGGAAGAGGGGAGCCAGCGGGAGCUGGAGGAGAUUCAGAGGCUGCACCAGGAGCAGCUCUCCUCCUUGACACAGGCUCACCAGGAGACUCUUUCCAGUCUGACCAGCAAAGCUGAGGGCUUGGAGAAGUCUCUGAGUAGUCUGGAGACCCGGAGGGCAGAGGAAGCUAAGGAGCUGGCUGAGGCCCAGAAGGAGGCCGAGCUGCUGCGGAAGCAGCUCAACAAAACCCAAGAAGACUUGGAGGUUCAGGUGACCUUGGUUGAGAAUCUAAGGAGAUAUGUGGGGGAACAAUUACCUCCUGAGGUCCACAGCCAGACGUGGGAGUCGGAGCGACAGGAGCUUCUAGAAACCGUGCAGCACUUGCAGGAGGACCGGGCCGGCCUGCGCAAGACAGCGGGACUGCUGGAGGUGCGCGUGCAGAGCCUGACACACAUCCUGUCCCUGCAGGAGCAGGAGCUGGCCAGGAAGGUUCAGCCUUCAGAUUCCCUGGAGCCUGAGUUCACCAGGAAGUGCCAGUCCCUGCUGCAGUGCUGGCGGGAGAAGGUGUUUGCCCUGAUGGUGCAGCUGAAGGCCCAGGAGCUGGAGCACAGAGUGUGUGUGGAGCAGCUGAAGGGACAGGUGGCAGAGCUCCAGGAAAGAGCCGUAGCCCAGAGCCAGGAGCAGGCCAUCCUGCAGCGCUCCCUGGAGGACAAAGCCGCAGAGGUGGAGGUGGAGCGUGUUGGCGCCAAGGCCCUGCACAUGGAGCUGAGCCGUGCCCAGGAGGCCUGGCGCCGGCGGCAGCAGCAGACAGCCACGGCUGAGGAGCAGCAGAAGCUCGUGGCCAGUGCCGUCAGCAGCUUCCAGACCUGGCUCCAGAGCACCAUGGCCGAGGUGGAGCGGGCCGCAGCCCGGCUGCCCAGCCUCAGCAGCAGAGUCAGCUAUGCCGUCCGCAAGGUCCACACCGUUCAGGGCCUGAUGGCUCGAAAACUGACCCUUGCUCAGCUGCGCCAGGAAAGCUGCCCCCCACCCCCACCAACCGUGGACGUGAGCCUUGAGUUGGAGCAGCUGCGGGAAGAACGGAAUCGCCUGGAUGCAGAACUGCAGCUGAGUGCCCAUAUCAUCCAGCACGAGGUGGGCCGCGCCCGGGCGCAAGGGGAGGCAGAGCGGCAGCAGCUGAGUGAGGUUGCCCAGCAGCUGGAGCGGGAGCUGCAGCGAACCCAGGAGUCCCUGGCCAGUGUGGGGCUGCAGCUGGAGGCCGCUCGCCAAGGCCAGCAGGAGAGCACAGAGGAGGCCACCAGUCUGCGCCAGGAGCUGACCCAGCAGCAGGAGUUCUAUGGGCAAGCUCUGCAAGAGAAGGUGGCUGAAGUGGAAACCCGGCUGCGGGAACAGCUCUCGGAAACAGAAAGGAGACUGAAUGAGGCUCGGAGGGAGCAUGCGAAGGCCGUGGUCUCCCUGCGCCAGAUCCAGCGCAAAGCCACCCGGGAAAAGGAGCGGAACCAGGAGCUCAGGCGCCUGCAGGAUGAGGCCCGGAAGGAGGAGGGGCUGCGGCUGACCCAGCGCCUGCAGGAGCUGGAGAGGGACGCGGACCUCAUGCUGGCCACCUUGCAGCAGGAGGGUCUCCUCUCCCGUUACAAGCAGCAGCGACUAUUGGCAGUUCUUCCUUCCCUGCUGGAUAAGGCGAAGUCUGUGGAGUUCAGCCCUAGGCCUUCAGGUUCUUCAGCACCCGGAUCUCCAGCAGCGGCACCCUCUACCAGGGAGCCCCUGAAAGGAUCCCUCUUUGUCCUGCUUGAUGACCUGCAGGGCCUGAGUGAGGCCAUUGCCAAAGAGGAAGAUACAGCUCAAGGAGACAACCAGAAUGCCCCUGCACCCAUCUGCCGUUGAGCAACCUGGAGCUCGGGGGCCCGGGGGGCCAGGAGAAUGGUGGAGAAGUGGGGUUUGGGGGCAUCAGCUCAGUCCCUUGCCCCAUCCAGAUGCCCUCGGGGACACCAUCCACCUAGAUGUCUGAAUUCUGGGGCUUUAAUAAAGAUGACUACAGUA